AUCUUAUCACUUCUACAACGCUGGACAUGACGGAAUCAACAUAUAUCACACUUAUAAACAUCGGUGUCCUUAUUCUCCAAGGGUUCCAAGUUUCUGGAAAGAAGGCAAAAUGAAUUUUGUCGUAUUGCUCGCAUUUCUUCCGCUGUGCUUGUCAAGUCCUAUCAAGAGGCAAUCAAACGUUCUUUUCUCCCCUUCUGGCGCCCCUGGAUUUGACCCGAAUCACAUUGCAGCUGGAAACUACGAUCCCAAUACCCAUAGUUAUGGAGGGGCUGCAUUUAACCCCAACUCCAUGAGCGCUGGAAGUUUCAACCCUGGAGCACUGUCAGUUAGUCAGACAGGAGCUAACAGUGGGGGACAAGUCAGUUUCCAACCUAGUGCUGGAGGGAUUGGAAGCUUCCAGCCCAGCGCCGGUGGAACCGGCAACUUUCAACCCAGCGCCGGAGGAACCGGAAGUUUUAACCCAAGUUCCAUGACAGCUGGAAACUUUGAUCCAAAUUCUCAACCUGUUGGAAACUUUGACCCAAGCACGUUUGGUAAAAAGUAAAACAAAAA